GUCUUCACAACAGUUACGAACAACGUCACGAAAAUGACAUCAUCGCCGAAGCUGACGUACUCCAACAGAGAGUUCUCAUUGGACGGGAAGUCGCUCCGAAUCUUCAGUGCUGCCAUUCAUUACUUCCGGGUUGUGCCGGAGUAUUGGGAGGACAGGCUGACCAAGGCCAAAGCCUGUGGCAUCAACACACUGGAAACGUACGUGCCUUGGAACAUGCAUGAGCCCAAACCUGGCACCUUCAAAAGUGAUGGCAUUCUUGACCUUCGACGCUUCAUCAAGAUGGCUGGUGACCUUGGCCUUUACGUCAUCUUCCGGCCCGGUCCGUACAUCUGCUCCGAGUGGGAUUUCGGAGGUCUGCCCUCUUGGCUGCUUGCUGAUCCGGACAUGAAAGUCAGAUCUAACUAUAAAGGAUACCAGAAGGCAGUCGAGAGAUAUUUUGGCUGGCUGCUCCCGUACGUCUCCGACUUACAGCGGUCUCAGGGCGGACCCAUCAUCGCCGUACAGGUGGAGAACGAGUUUGGCUCCUUCAGCGACGAGCCCGAUCACAUGAUCUUCAUGAGAGACCUCCUUCUGCAGAACGGCGUCGUCGAAUUGCUCGUAUCAUGCGACAACGAGUCUGCUGCCGGAACGGGGCCAAUCAUAGAUGGGGUUCUACCAACUGCUAAUGGUCAAACGGUCGAAGAAGUGAAGGCGAACUUUGAGAUAAUCAAAGAGGUCAAUCCGAACUAUCCUCUGGUGGUGAUGGAGUUUUGGACCGGUUGGUUUGACCACUGGGGGAUUCCCCACGAGACGCGGGGUGUGGAGCUUUUGCAGAAGACGUUGGAGUAUUGUCUCGGGGAAAACGCCAGUGUGAAUUUUUACAUGUUCCACGGCGGAACCAAUUUUGGGUUCCUCGCCGGAGCUUUGGAUUUGUCUCGGUACAAAGCGGACACGACAAGCUACGACUACGGUGCGCCGCUCUCUGAGGAGGGUAUACUGACGGACAAAGCGGUCAAGAUCAGAGAAAUGAUUGAGGUGGAGGCGAAAAGUAAAGGCCUGAACGUGACUGUUCCAGAAUCGCUGCCAGCAAAUCCAAAAAGAGCAGAAAAGCCGAUCGAAGUUGCCAUCGACGAGACGAUAAGUUGGCCAUCGUUGUUGAAACUGUCGAAGAAGACAACGAAGACCCAGUCGCCGGACUACAUGGAGAACUUUACCUACGCCCACGGGGAAGUCCAGUCGUAUGGAUAUAUCAUCUACAGGAAAAAAAUCCACCUGGAAGGAGAGACAACUCUGGUGCUGACUGGUCCUGUUAGGGACAGGGCUACGAUUUUGGUGGACGGAAGUGUCCAGGGAGUGAUGACACGAGAAGCCGAAGAGCCAAGCCCCAGUGUAUCCCUGUCACAAGCCGGUGGCCAACCUGGCAACGUAGUUCUGGACGUAGUUGUGGAAAAUCUGGGAAGAGUAAACUACACGCUGAAGGAAAAUCAGGACGUGUUGAACACGCAGAGGAAAGGGCUCAAAGGGCCGGUGAGACUAGGAGAAGAAGAUUUGGAGAACUGGACCGUGGUUGCUUUAGAUUUCAACGAUGACUUCAUUGGACAGCUGUCCAAAACAAGAGCGUGGACAAAAGUGGACGCCGCGGGCGAGAAGAAUGUUCCCAGCCUGUUCAGAGCUCACCUUGACCUACAGGAGAAACCUACUGCCGAUUACUUCCUGAGAAUGGAAGGCUGGAGCAAAGGGAUCGUCAUCGUGAACGGCUUCAACCUCGGCCGCUACUGGGACAUUGGACCAACCAAGACCUUGUACCUGCCCGCUCCGCUCCUGAAACAAGGUUCGAACCAGAUCCUGGUCUUUGAAGAAGCCAAGGCGGGCAGCAGCUUCACUCUAGAGGUUGAGCCGUGCUUGGGUUGAUAUCCAUAGUGGAGAUUCGUUGGCUAUUUGUCAUGCCAAGAUGUAACACUUACGAGAAAAAUGCAUCGCUGGCAAGCUGUUAAAAUUUACAAAGCUCAAAAAGCAAAAUUUUACAGGAGAGACAAAAAACGGCUUCAUUUAUUUUUUACGAUAAUUGUACUUUUACUCUAAUGUAUCAUUUCCAAACUUUGUUUUCAAAAUCGAGAAUUCGAAUUUCGACCGACAAAUUUUUUCUUGAGCUUACGCAAUGAAUACCACAGAAUACGAAACUGCAAUAAAACGACUUGCCAGUGGGCUGACGAAAUACUUAUCCCAUUGUAGUUUGGAAGGAAGGUAGAAUGACUGGAUCACUGAAGGAAUACAUCAUGUAGCGGAUUGAGAGAGAGUUCGAUAAAGAUUAAUGGUUAAAUGUCCUUUUGUGUGUUUGAUAUCUCUGCUAGGCGCAGACAGGUCCUUUAGUGAACGAUGUAUUAAUGCAGAAGAGUAUAUUAUGUAAGAGUAAAAGAGACGGAAAAGAAAGCAGAGACUAAAAAAAAUAGUACAUGUAACUGGAUAGAUAGCAUCAUGUUUUAAAUCAUGACCAUGAGCUGUAACCCCCCUCCCCCCACCCCUUCCUUCCUAAAGUCCCUCAACCCAAAAAUAAAAUAUUAAAAAAUAAAAAAUAAUCCAAAAAAUACAACAUAAAACAAAGUACAAACCGCCAAAGGGCAGGACAUUGAUAGUAAUGAUAGAGCGUAAAGAUGGAGUGUGGAAAACUCAACAUGUAUAGGUUUGUAAAGAGAAAAUGUGUGCGAAGUACAACACAUUCCGGCUGGGGGGAAAAUAUAUCUGAAGAGUUUCCCCGGGAAACGGUUAGUAAAUUAAAUAUCUAUUAUUGUGCUUUUUAUCAAAUACUGUUGGCAGCAACACAAACGGUUUUUUAUUGAGAUUCUGUUUGUGCCAUAGUUCUUUAUUCUUAUUGUUCACGUCUUAUCAGUGAACCAGUGUCUGACCUAUUUCUCUUUGUAUUCAUAUACCACUGUAGUUUUAUAUAAUUAAACAAUUUUGUCUUUUCUCCUUGUUUAUGAGGACUGAUAAAGAUGAAUACAUACUACUUUACCACUUA